UUUUCUGGUUUAUAUAUAUUGGCAAAAAAAGAAAUUGGAUUUCUAUUUAAUUUGUGUCCUCUCCUCCAUAGACCAAACCAGCAUCAGCUUGCUAGUGGAGUACUAGUGUAGUGCUUCAAGAAAGAAGAAUAACAAAAGCUCUCUCUCUCUCUCUCUAUGAUCUCUCUCUCUCUCUCUUAUCCCAUUCCUUCAAAGUGGAAAGCACUAUACAGCUAUAUCUAAGCCCAUCUAUCCACAAUGGAAGAUCAACACCAAAGGGAGUUACACUUCCUCCCCACCACUACUCAACCCACCGCUGCCGCAGCUUCGACGUCCAACACUCAAUCCUGGCCGUCCGACUCGGCGGUUCAAAAAUCCCGGCCGUCCACCACCGACGCAUUCGAGGGCCCCUCAUUAGACCUGCAGUUGUCCAUAAGCGUUAGACCGUUGAAACCUCCUCCCGACCGGGCGUACAAGGACGCGGCGAAAUUCGACGCCGGGUACGUGGAGGCGCUGAGGUGGCAGGCGGCGGAGCAAAUCCGGCUGGCGGCGAUGGAGAAGGCGUACGCGGAGCGCGUGAGGGAGCUGACGAGGAGGGAGAUCGAGAUGGCGCAGUCGGAAUUCGCGCGUGCGCGGAGCAUGUGGGAAAGAGCGCGUGAGGAAGUCAAGAAGGCUGAGCAGCUUAAAGAGAGAGCGACGAGGAGGAUCGAUUCUACGUGCAUGGAAAUUACUUGCCAUUCUUGCUGCCAAAAAUUCCGACCAAGUUCAUAAACUAAGAAAUUUAUAAAAUAAAAUAAAAAAAGUUAAAAAGUAAAAAUGGAGAAACUAAAUAUUGAAAAUAAUAAGUCUGAAAAAUGAAUUUUCUAUUUAUUUCCUGUUAUAGUUUUUUGGAGAAUAAUGGUCUGAGUGUUUAAUUUGGUCCGUCUUUUUUAUUAUAUUUAAGUGAUGAAUUGUUUUAAAUUUUCUCGAGAGUAUAUAUGAUGGGAGACGACGGAAACGGGAAUCAUACAUAAGUUUAGUAUGUGAAAAAGAGCAUAUAUAGCUUACCACCAAGCUGAAUCCCAUCUAAUUUAUAAAUUGUACACUAGCUAUAUGAAAAGUUUAAACUAAUUUUACCAUUUUUUUUUGGUCAGUUCUUGAAAAUAACAGAAGUGGGUGAUUUAUUAUUUAUACUUAA